AUGGCUAACUCUUAUGUCCUUCCAAUUAGCAUACUAUGCUUCAUGGUCCUUACAACCGGAGGCUAUGGACAAGCUGGGCAACAACAGAAGGCGCAGUGUCGCAUCCAAAGCCUCAACCCUCUUGAGCCUGCCAGGCGCCUCCAGCAUGAAGCUGGUUACACCGAUGUUUGGGACCAGACCUCUGACCAGAUUCAGUGUGCCGGUGUGGCCGCCUCCCGCCAUCUCAUCCAGCAAGGAGGGCUUCUCUUGCCUACUUUCAGCAAUGCCCCUUUGCUAGCAUAUGUUGUAAAAGGUAGGGGAAUUGUUGGCACCAUAAAUCCAGGCUGCGCAGAGACGUUUCAAUCGAGCGCACAAACUGAAGUUGGAGGACGAUUUGGCUCUCAAAAGUUUAGGGAUCAACACCAGAAGAUCCACGGUUGCAGAAAAGGAGACAUUGUUGCCUUUCAAAGAUUCUUCCUUGCUGGGAACCCGCAAGAGAUGAGAGAAAUGCAACAGAGGAAGUCCAGGGGCCAACAAGAGGAGAACUUUUCAGGCAACCUUUUCCAGGGAUUUGAGACCGAGGUUUUGGCGGAAUCCUUCCAAGUCGACUUGGAGACAGCCGCAAGACUACAGGGACAAGAUGAUAACAGGGGAUUCAUCGUGAGAGUAGGGAAAGAAUUCGAAAUGCAAAGACCAUCAAAGUACGAAGAGGAAAGAAGAGAGCAGAGUCCAAGCAGCAACGGAUUCGAGGAAACCGUUUGCACAAUGAGGAUCAGAGAAAAUCUCGAUGAUUCAGAGAGAGCAGAUGUGUACACCGCUCAGGGUGGUCGCAUCAGCACCGUCAACAGUCAUAAUCUCCCAAUUUUGAAGCAAAUCCAAUUGAGCGCGGAGAGAGGAGUCCUUUACGAGAACGCAAUGGCUGCGCCACACUGGACCCUUAACGCCCACAACAUAAUCUACAUAUUACGUGGGUCGGGCCGAAUUCAAGUGGUGGGUCACUCCAACAGGGUUGUCUUCAAUGGCGAAGUCCGCCAAGGGCAACUAUUGGUCGUCCCUCAGAAUUACGCUGAAGUCAAGUUGGCGGUGUCAAGCCCGCUUGCUGGCAAGACUUGGGUGAUGCGGGCAAUGCCAGAAGAAGUGGUGAUGAGUGCUUUUCGGGUGUCGAGAGACAAGUUUCAGCGACAGAGACUAACCUUAUUGAUUUAG